AUUUGAUAAAGGUUGGUUGAUUAGCUUCAUUCAGUGUAAAAAUUAUAGUUUAUUUUAUGAAAUAAGAUUCGCAAUUUAACAAGGAUAUACAAAUGAUAAAUGGACAACACAUGUUUUUAAAAAGGAGAAAGGACUGGUAAGCUUACAAAAUGGAAAAGCUGCACAGUUACAAUGCAAUGUGCUCAACCCACACUGAUGAAGUAGCAAUAGCAGCGUGCGUUGACACAAAAGAACUUCUAUGUUUCAAAUGCAGUAUGGAAAAAGCAAAGGCCUCAGUACCUGUUAAGGAACUUGAAAAACUGACUGCGGGAGUUGAAAAGCUCAUACUUGAUUCUUUAAUGGAGAAGCAAAAAGCUCAGAGAAAGAACAACUAUAUUGACGUAUACAAAAGGAAAGCAGAAGAUGCCAAAGAAAAAGUAAGUGAUCAAAUUCAUUGUUUUUAUAACGAACUGUCAGAAAAAAUCACUAAAAUGAGAGAUAACACACUUUUAUCUCUGGAAGCAAAAUACACUUUGUUUCUUGAAAUGUGUAAUAAAGACGAAGAAAAACUCAAGACUACAACACAAAUGAUAAAUGAACACCUCGAUAAGUUAUCUUCAGCAAAAGAAGAUGAUCUUGAUAAAUUCAAAGCAGAAUUGGAAGAGAUCAUGAAGAAACUAGAUGACAUUGCUGAUCAUGAAUCUUGUCCUGAAUCAGGUUUUCAUGCUUCAAAAAAAUUGAAGGAAGUAAUACUCAUGCCAGAGAGCAAGAUUGGAGAAGUCAGUUUGUAUGCAAAUGAUCAUUACGAGAAGCUGGGGCCAACAGAAGGUACGGAAAAUAAAACAAAGCCCGAUGAGACAAUUUUUGAGGAACCACCGCCAGUCAUACCUCCGAAACCCGAAAGUAAGAUAGUUGAUUCGGAUGAAGUCUCUUAUGUAAAACCAAAAGUAAUUCCACGUAAAAAGAGUAGUUCAAGUAAUGAGUCAGGUUGGCAAGUACCUGAAGACAAUCGGAAAUCAGAAGGCGAUCAAAAUGAGACGGCAAAAGAAGAAAAACCACGAAAAAGGUUUUUCCGUUGGAAAAGUAAACCAGAUAAACUAGAAGGUAAGCUACAAGAUUAUGAAGAAGUAAGUUUAACAAAUGAAAAUCAAGAACGGGAGGCAAGGUAUUUAGUUAAUAAAACAGUAACGCUGACUGAGUUUCCAGGUGGUUUAAAUACCUCAUUUAAAUUCACAAAGCUUAUUCCAAUCGGUUUGAAUAGAAUUGGACUUUUAAGCCAAAAUCAUUCAAGUAUUUUUGUUUGUGGUCUGGACGGAAAGAUUCAGUGUACUAACAACUACCACAAAGACGCUGUUAUCAGCAUUGUGGAAAUGACAGAUGAUAUGAUAGCGGUACUCAACAAGACGGAAACGUCAAUUGAAACAGUUAAAGUUACAGACAAGACAUUUGAAGUGAAAAAUACUAUUAACUUUAAACUGGAUAUUUCAAAAGUCACGGGAUUUGAUUAUUCAAAAACAAAAUCCCAGUUUGCUAUUGGGACCGAAACGGAAUAUGUCAUUCUUGAUAAAAAGGGAAAGAAAAUCAAAUCCAUGAGAAUGGAGACAAGUCUGGAUUCUAAAGACGUCUUUACAAUUUAUGAUUUUGAAAAAAGCAACGUUUUCAUUAUCAAUAAAACAACAAAAUCUCUGAAAUGCGUUGGUUUUCAAAAUGCGGAAGGUAUCUGGAAACGAAAGUGUGAAGACCCAUUGUUUCAGCCAGAAUCAGCAUGUUUGUACCAAGGCAAGCUUUACAUUGCAUCUUCCCACGCAGUCAUACAAUUUUCGACAGCAGAUGGAAAGCCAGAAAGGAAACACGAAACUGAUGAUCUUAUACAGAACUGUUUUGGGCUCUGUGUAAUAGAUCGUGUGUUUGCGAUUUCUUCGAAUUCACCCGAUUGUGAAGAAUCCAAAAAGCUAGGUUUUUUGGCUCUGUAAAGAUUGGUGUAAAAUAGUACGUGGUGUAGGUUUGAAGCAUUAAACACUGUGUCAAAUCUAAAUGAAUAUAAGAGGCUUAGAAAUGUUGUUUCAAAAUACUAAUAAUACUAACAUUUUUAAGUUUGUAAACAAAUUUACUAUAAUGUAACUGUACAACAACCGAAAACAGUUAAAGUAAACGUACUGGCACGACACCAUCUACUUCCGGUCUUACGCACCUUACGCUUACUUUCUUCAAAAUGAAAAAUGAUCUUUAACAACUUGCAAAUUGCACGCAUAAAUUCAAGAAAUUUAUUUGAGCCUCCAAAUAAUUGUUUAUUUAAUGUUCUUUUUUAAGGUGUAUAGUUUGCUGAUAUGUGUGUGUACUCUUUGUUUAAGUAGCUAUAGUAUAUUUCAUCAGGUUAAGCUAUGGUAUAUUUCGCCAUGUAUAGCUAUGGUAUACUUUAUGAUAUACAUCUACGACAUCAUUUUCAACUUUGAUAUAUUUUAUUAUAACAAGCUAUGGUAUAUUGAAUCAUGCGCAGAUCCAUUAUAUCUAAUCAUGUAUAUAGUAGUCAGUUUGGUGUGCCCUUAGUAUUUUGUCAAUCAAUUCACAAAUCUAAAUUUUCGCUUUGCUUUGUAAUGCACAGUCAAAAUGACGCUCAGAAAUUGAUCCGAUGACAUGUUCACUGUGAAAUACAAACCAAACUUCAAUUGAUAAGGUGUAUCAAUAUAAGCGCUAUAUACUCUCGAUUUAUUAUUUUAUUUUUCGAAAUAAAUUAAGUUAAUUAAUUUAGUUACAAUCAUGUAUACACAAUCUUUAUGACAGUAUUUUAGUUUAAUUUCAGAUCGAUUGGGGUAAAGGGGAGUCUAGGGUUAUGGCCAGGUAACGUGCUGAACAUCUUUGGUAGGUCUACGGAUUAUGAGUAAGUAAAUUCGAGCAUUUGGCGACGUUCCUGUUCAUUAAUAGCUGUUCGGUAGAGAAUAUUUAUGUUUAGCAGUAAAUUACAAAGAACACGUAUCGGUUGGUACUGAUACAAAAACCAGGAACACUGUUUAGGUCAACCGCCCGCCGUAAUACAACUGAAAUGGUUUUGGAACGCGAUGAUAGAAAUAAGUGCUCCUCCAAAAAAAAAUAUUAAGAUAAAUACGCGCUUAACAUGUGACCUACUACAAACGCACUGUUCUUAAAAGAUAUAGGUCUUACAUACUAUGCUUUUUUGUUUAAUAUAAUGUCGCUAAAAGAGUUGUGUGUUUGUUUUGCAUUCAUAAAUAUAUAAUUAGAUAUUGCUUGGUAUGGGGUAAAAUUUUAAUUUUGGUUUAGUGUUUUGCUUGAACACAUUACAUACCAUGACCCUAGACCGUAACUUGCUUAUUACAGAAUCUAUUUAUGAAAGAUUAUUUCAAUUAUUUUAAUUAUAUGUCAUGCGAAAACGAUUGGUCAUAAUUAUAUUUGUUAUGGUGAGUGGUGAACGUGACAAUAAAAAUAUAUAAGCUACGUUUUUAUUCAAGAACACACUAUACAAGUUAAAGAGACUUCCGACUUGUAAAAUAACAAAUGGAACUUUUUAAAAGCGUAAUUGCAAUGAUUGAUCCAUAAGAGAUUAACCCUCACUCUUUAACUCAUUUUGCCAUGAACACCAGCCUUCACUUAACUCUACUGAUAAUUGCUAAUAUUCAACUCCUGUGUACUUAACCGUCCGGUAAACACACUAGGUAGAGCGUUUGAAUGUAAUUCUGGCCACCCGAUUUCGAUUCGUUUAUUUUUAUAGUGAUUGAUCAUGAAAUCCUGUCAUUCGCACUUUUUCUUAAUGAUAUAUCUUUUUGUAAUUAAGUCAUAUAUGUACCCAGUAACCUUGUUGGACAAUACGUCUGAUUUUUUCAUGUACUUAAAUAUAGAAAAAGAACAUUGACACUUUGAUUUUGAAUAACAAAGCAUGCGAAAUUCAAAACCGCAAAUCGAUAUUGUUUAAUCGCCCACAACGUUAAAUAAUCAUUAUGCAGUGAAAGUGUAAAGUCUUUAUGCUAAAAGAUCAUUUGAAUUUGAAUAAAUAUACUGAACAAAAAAAGAAAACUUCCCCUGUGUUUAAGCGGAGAUAUAAUGUUUAUCUAAAAUAAUGUCAAAAGAGCUACAUAUAUUCGGGCGAACGAUUAUGUGUCCGAUAGAACAAAUUUUAACUCGAUUUUUACUCGUUUUGCAGGAGAAUCCCACUGUAUGCGAUUUCACGUAAACUCCGGACCAGAAGUAUUUUUGACAUGCCAGAUUAUGCAAACAUUUUCGCGUACGUGCCAUUGACAUCAAUACUGUUCGACACCUUAGGCAACGUUUUUAAGCAACAGAGUGUACAGAGAUCGGCCACGUAGUGGACAUCGGUGCGUUAAGACUCGUGUCCAAUACCGCCUUAUUUGGAACACUCACCUGCGCAGUUGCCACAGCUACUGCAUGACUCGAAUAUACCGUUGAAGAAAUGAACGUUUUUCCUACUACUGCAGGUGGGGCAUUGUCUUGAUAUAAAUGGCUUUCAUACUAAUCACGUCGUUAUCGAAGGAUAUCUUUAUGCCCAACGGUACUGAAAUGAUAUUUUUGCGAGGCAUGUUAUCUCACUUUUUCAUAAAAAUGCCAACAUUACCCUUUUUCAAAAUGAUAAUGCCACACGUUAUGCAGCUAGGGACACUGAAUUUCUUCAGGGUGAAUAAAAUUGUAUUGAUAAAUGAGUGGCCUUCCAAAACGCCUGAUCUAAAUUUCAUUUAACACCUGUUGGAGACUUUAGACAAGCGUAUCAGACCUCGGCCUUUUCCACAAACAUCAUUCAAGCCUUAACUCUGGAAUGGAAUAGCAUACUGCGAGCCGAAAUUAAUAUGCUGAUUCGUUAUAUGUGCCAACAAUGCCAGGCAGUCCUUCAUGCUGAAGAUGGUCAUAAACGAUAUCAAUUGAUGAUUUUGUUUACCCCUUCUGCAUUUUAACUACCAUUUUCCUUUCAUUUGAAUAACCACUCACAAAAACUUGCGAUAUUUAUACUCUAUCAAUACAUAUAAAUCAACUUAUGAAAUCCUGAUUGGCAUAAUUUUUAUGUGUGUAUAACUGCACUUAAAUACACUGAAAGCUUCUUUUUUUGUUCAGUAUAUACAUGUAUAACGUAGCUCCGAAUUUCUUUAUUUAAUUAAUCUUUUAUGUUGCUACUUAUAAAAAAGCAAACAAUGUCGUAUAGUUUGGGUGUCAAAGGUAUCAUCUGUUUAUCUAUCCAUAACCACGGUGCAUAAGAAGAUAUUUGUACAACUCCGUGCAUUAUUUUAUAAAGGAUUGAGACGAAACAGGAAGAUUAAAUAAAUAUCUCUGACAAAAGAGACUUCUCAUUAAUCAUGUAUUGCUAAAAUGUCAUUUUAAUGGGCUAUAUCAUUUUUAACCAUGCUGAUAGUGAUUGCUUUUAUUUACACUGGUAACCAAAUAACAGAUAAAUUAGAUAGAACAAAUAUUAACCAAAAUUACAUUAUUUCUUUUUUAUUAUUUCAUAAGUUUUUGUAUAAACUUAUAAUUAUGUAUUUCAAAUACCUGAAAAUAAGAUAAUAUGAACCUGCUGUAAGACUGAUAAUGAAAACUGAAUGUAAUAUGUAUAAUUAUAUUCUCUUUAACACUAUUUAGUUAUCCGUUAUCCUAAAAUAUUAUAUACCUACUACAUCGAGGACAAUAUGUGUUCAUUUGUCAUCAGAAUACAUUUGUUAAAUGUUAACAACUUAUCUGCUUCAUAUGAAACCUGUAAAACAUUUGAAAUGAACAAUGUUUAUUUUCGUUUUUUGUUUUUUUAUCAUGGUUUUUUUUUAGGAGAUUACCUCUCUUUAUUUGUUUUUGGUUUUAAUACAAUGUACCUGAUAGACAAGUUAGUUUAUAUUAGUUCAACUGUAAUGAUUGAAUAUUAGACAUUCUAUGAACCAGCGUUAUUUAUCAUGAUAGAAUAAUUUAUCUUAACGUGUGUAACUCUUUGUUAGUAUUGAAAGAAAUGUUUUUGAAACUAAAUUAACAUUUAAUUUACUCGUCUGAUGAAUAAUAUUUGUCAACGUAUUUAUUUUGACAACACAGUUACGAAGUUAGUACUUAUUUACUUCCGUUUUAAGAAAUAAUAAAAUAUGUGUAUAAGUCCAAAAAUGUUUACGUGCUUGCUUAAACAUAGUGAUUGUUUUCUUAACUUCAUUAUGUUUUAGUACAUUGUUUAUUAUUA